CUUUUUUUUCAGAGAGCAGAAAGAAAAAAAAUAAAAAAAUUAUCAACACAAAAGAAAGUUUUUUCAGAAACCUUAGAAAACUGUUUUGUCGUUAAAGAAUUUAGCUACAGUUGCAAUGUCACAAAUAGCAUGCAAAGAUAAAGAUUGGAAACUCUAUCGAAAGUCUUGUUAUAAGUUAUUUGAACAACCAAAAUAUUAUGACACUGCUAACAGUUUUUGCAAACAUUUAAUAGCUAACUUGAUAAAUAUAGACGACGAAAAUGAAAAUCAGUUUGCUAAGGAUGAAAUUGCAAAUAUUUCUUUGAGUGGUGCAUGGAUAAACCUAAGCAAAACAAAUUUUCAGCGUGGGAAUGAGUAUUUGGGAAAACAAUAUACUAAUUGGGUGUUUCGUAGUCCAUCAGGUUCCGGAAACUGCAUUCAAAUGUUAAGAGGAGGGAAAUGGAAUAACGUAGGUUGCCUAAGCCAAUAUCCAUUUAUAUGCGAAAAGUCUACAGUAACUACAAUUGCUCCGGGAAGCCCCGUCAUAUGGCCAAUACCAAUCACUCUAUGCGUUGUGAUGCUUUUGUUUGUAUCGUCACUAUUUAUUCGAAACUUUUGUCAAGAACGACUUGCCGCAAAAAAAUUGAUAUCAGAUUCUUUUCAAAGUUCUGGAACAAAAAAAGAAACAUUAUCAUCAAACAAAAAACACGAAAAAAAUAUGUCAGUAGUUGCAGAAACUUCAAAAGACUUUAUUGGGUGUUUUAACUUCUCGAGUUCUUUUUCGCCUAACGAAACAAGAGCUACAGACGAUAGUUCAUUAGAAAAUGUUUCUAAACAAAAGUCGGCUGUGGUCACAUUUUUCAAAUCUACUGAUGCAUCUGUUAUAAAUGAAAACAACAAUCCUAUACAAACAACCUUGAACAAUGAAUCCCCCCACACCAAUAAUAUUUUAACAACAGCAUGUUAAAAUGAGAAGAAACGAUUCAUAUUAGUGCAUGUUAGAAACGAUUCGUAUCAGUGCAUAUUAGAAACGAUCCAUAUUAGCAAUUGAAAAUACAAAUUUGUAGCAGUGAUCGAUUUUUUUUAAAAGCAACAAAAGAUUGUUGUGUUUACUUAAAAUAUGAGGAAUAAUUUUGAGCGGACAAUCGGAUUUUUUAAAUAUUCAUUUUGUAAUACUAGUUAUAAAUGUAAUAUUAUAAAUUUUCUAC